GAAGAGUGGGGGAAAGGGGCCGAGAGGGUGACCUGGAGGAGGGCUCUGAAGUGCGGUCAGGUCGACUCUUCAGGUUCAUUUCCAUAGCGCUUGCCUGGGUUAUGUUUGGUUGCCGAGAUCAGCGCUACCGAAUUGCAGAAGGGCUGAUUUGGAGGCUGGAAAUUUGCCAUUCCGUUGAACAGACACUGUUUUUUUCUUUUUUUAAGCAAGAUUUUAGGUGAUGGGCAGAUCAGAAAGUCAGAUGGAUAUAACUGAUAUCAACACUCCAAAGCCAAAGAAGAAACAGCGAUGGACCCCGCUGGAGAUCAGUCUCUCUGUCCUCGUUCUUCUCCUCACCAUCAUCGCUGUCACGAUGAUAGCACUCUAUGCAACCUAUGACGAUGGUAUUUGCAAGUCAUCAGACUGCAUAAAAUCAGCUGCUCGACUCAUCCAGAACAUGGAUACUACUGCUGAACCUUGUUCAGACUUUUUCAAAUAUGCCUGUGGAGGUUGGUUGAAACGCAACGUCAUUCCUGAGACUAGCUCCCGUUACGGCAACUUUGACAUUUUAAGAGAUGAACUGGAAGUCAUUUUGAAAGAUGUUCUUCAGGAACCCAAAACUGAAGAUAUAAUAGCAGUGCAGAAAGCAAAAACAUUGUACAGAUCGUGUAUAAAUGAAUCUGCUAUUGACAGCAGAGGCGGAAUGCCUUUACUCCAACUUCUACAAGAUAUAUAUGAAUGGCCAGUAGCAACAGAAAACUGGGAGCAAACCUAUGGUACUUCUUGGACAGCCGAGAAAUCCAUUGCACAACUGAAUUCUAAAUAUGGGAAAAAAGUCAUUAUUAAUUUUUUCAUUGGCACUGAUGAUAAGAACUCUGUGAACCAUAUAAUUCAUAUUGACCAACCUCGACUUGGCCUCCCUUCCAGAGACUACUAUGAAUGCACUGGAAUAUAUAAAGAGGCUUGUACAGCAUAUGUGGAUUUUAUGAUUUCUGUGGCCAAAUUGAUUCGUCAGGAAAGAGGACUGCCCAGCAAUGACAGCCAGGUUUCUUUGGAAAUGCGUAGAGUUAUGGAAUUGGAAAAAGAAAUUGCCAAUGCUACAGCUAAACCUGAAGAUCGAAAUGAUCCAAUGCUUCUUUAUAACAAAAUGACAUUAGACCAGAUCCAAAAUAACUUUUCACUAGAGAUCAAUGGGAAGUCAUUCAGCUGGUCAAAUUUCACAAACGAAAUUAUGUCAACUGUGAAUAUUAAUAUUACAAAUGAGGAAGAUGUGAUUGUUUAUGCUCCAGAAUAUUUAACCAAACUUAAAAUCAUUCUUAACAAAUAUUCUGCCAGAGAUCUUCAAAAUUUAAUGUCCUGGCGGUUCAUAAUGGAUCUUGUAAGCAGCCUCAGCAGAAACUACAAGGAGUCCAGAAAUGCUUUCCGCAAGGCCCUUUAUGGCACAACAUCAGAAACAGCGACUUGGAGACGUUGUGCAAACUAUGUCAAUGGGAACAUGGAAAAUGCUGUGGGAAGGCUUUAUGUAGAAGCAGCAUUUGCGGGAGAGAGUAAACACCUGGUUGAGGAUUUGAUUGCACAGAUCCGGGACGUUUUUAUUCAGACUUUAGAUGACCUCACUUGGAUGGAUGCUGAAACGAAAAAGAGAGCUGAAGAAAAGGCCUUGGCAGUUAAAGAAAGAAUCGGCUAUCCUGAUGACAUUAUUUCAGAUGAUAACAAACUGAAUAAUGAAUACCUUGAGUUGAACUACAAGGAAGAUGAAUACUUUGAGAACAUAAUUCAAAAUUUGAAGUUCAGCCAAACUAAACAACUAAAGAAGCUUCGAGAAAAGGUGGACAAGGAUGAGUGGAUCAGCGGAGCAGCUGUAGUGAAUGCAUUUUAUUCUUCAAGCAGAAAUCAGAUGGUCUUCCCAGCUGGCAUCCUGCAGCCCCCUUUCUUCAGUGCCCAGCAGUCUAACUCCUUGAACUAUGGGGGCAUCGGCAUGGUCAUAGGACAUGAAAUCACCCAUGGCUUUGAUGACAGUGGCAGACAUUUUAACAAGGAUGGAGACCUCGUUGACUGGUGGACUCAACAGUCUGCAAGUAAUUUUAAAGACCAAUCUCAGUGCAUGGUGUACCAGUAUGGAAACUUCUCCUGGAGCCUAGCAGGUGGACAGCAUCUCAAUGGGAUGAAUACACUGGGAGAAAACAUUGCUGAUAAUGGAGGUAUUGGCCAAGCAUACAGAGCCUAUCAAAAUUAUGUUAAAAAGAAUGGCGAAGAAAAAUUACUUCCUGGACUUGACCUAAAUCACAAACAACUAUUCUUCUUGAACUUUGCCCAGGUGUGGUGUGGGACCUACAGGCCAGAAUAUGCAGUCAACUCCAUUAAAACAGAUGUCCACAGUCCAGGCAAUUUCAGGAUUAUUGGGACUUUGCAGAACUCCCCUGAGUUUUCAGAAGCCUUUCAUUGCCUCAAGAAUUCAUACAUGAAUCCAGAAAAAAAAUGCCGGGUUUGGUGAUCAGAAAAAGCGAGGCAACCCUUGGCUAGACUUGUCAACGCCACAGAAAUGGGGAACUCUGUCCAAGAGAGUGGGCCACAGAGGCCACUGUAAUUACGUGGGGAUAUUUAAGAGAGAGGAGCACAUCAUAAUAAAAAUGAAGUUAGGUUAUUCUGGAAAAGGGGUGGAGCUCCGGGUCUAAUGUCCAUCAAAUCAAUCAUUUCACACUGUGUAAAUAAUGCUUAAUCUCUAAAGAUAAUAUUACCAUUCAUUUCUGUUUCUCAUAUGAUCUGCCAGUUUGAUGUUGUCUCUUGAAAACAGAGUUAACUACUAUGUAGAGUGGGAUUUCUAAUCAAAGGGAGAAAGAAGAGGUUGAAGAAGACUAUUGGCACCAAAAGCACAGCAAUCAUGUGCGAGUUAAAAACUCAUUGCUGAAGUGUUUGUUUUUACUUUUAUUUGCAACAUUUAUGCUCCUUCAAAUCUCUUCCAAAGAAUUCUACAUACUGGGGGCUUGAGACUGAUAGAGUUUUAAACUAACUGUGCCAACCAUCGGUUAUUCAUUCUGAGAUCACUUUAUUUGAGGCACUUAGGGCUGACAU